CUUCAUGAACCGCGGAGCAGCCAUCUCGGGAAGGAGACAAUGGGGAGUCAUCACGCCAAAGAGAAAAGCCACCAUGGUUCUGAUGUGGAUCGAGAUGCCAAAAAGCUGUACAAAGCCUGCAAAGGAAUGGGAACCGAUGAAGCAGCCAUCAUUGAGGUCUUAUCCGGCAGGACAUCGGCUGAGAGGCAACGAAUAAAGCAGAAAUACAAGUCAAAGUAUGGCAAGGACUUGGAGGAAGUGCUCAAGAGUGAGCUCAGUGGAAACUUCGAGAAGACAGCCUUGGCCCUUCUAGACCUCCCCAGCGAGUAUGCCGCCAGGCAGCUGAAGAAGGCUAUGAAGGGCAUGGGCACAGAGGAGGCCAUUCUCAUCGAGGUUCUGUGCACGGGAAGCAAUAAGGAAAUCAGUGCCAUCAAAGAGGCCUACCAAAGGCUUUUUGGCAAGAGCCUUGAGUCUGACAUCAAAGAUGAUACAAGUGGAAACCUAAGAAAGAUCCUGGUGUCCCUACUACAGGCCAAUCGCGAUGAAGGAGACGGUGUGGACAAGGAGCUGGCUGGUCAGGACGCCAAAGAUCUGUAUGAUGCGGGAGAGGGUCGCUGGGGCACAGACGAGCUUGCCUUCAAUGAAGUCUUGGCCAAGAGGAGCUACAAGCAGCUACAAGCCACCUUUCAAGCCUAUGAAAUUCUCAUCGGCAAAGACCUGGAAGAAACCAUCAAAGAAGAGACGUCGGGAGACUUGCAGAAGGCGUACUUGACUCUCGUGAGAUGCGCCAAGGACCGUGAGGGCUAUUUCGCUGACCGUCUGUACAAGUCCAUGAAGGGUGUGGGGACCGACGAGGAGACCUUAAUCCGCAUCAUUGUGACUAGGGCCGAGGUGGACCUGCAGGGGAUAAAGGCCAAGUUCCAGGAGAAGCAUCAGAAGUCUCUCUCGGACAUGGUUCGCUCUGACACCUCUGGGGACUUCCAGAAACUGCUGCUGGCUCUCUUGCACUGAACCAAGCCUGAUCAAUCGGAACAUGGGGAGAAAGCACCUUUGUCAAAAUUUAUCAGCAGGGGGCUAGGGAGAUGGAUCGAUGGUUAAAGACCCCUGCUUGCAAAGCCUUCCAGCCCAGGUUUGAUUCCCCAAUACAAAGCCAGAUGCACACAGUGGUGCAUGUGUCUGGAGUUCAGUUGUGGUGGCAAGAGACCCUGGUAUACUCAUACUGUCUCUGUCACAGAAAUAAGUAAAUAUAUGUUAAGAAGAUUCAUCAACAUACCAAAUCAGACUUUCAGUGGGACUCUGGCAUAAAAACCCUUCAGGUCUUGAUUUAUUUUCUCAGCAGUUUAAGCGAUGCAACAAGGCCAAGAUGUGGAGGUUAAGGGUAGGUCACCUUGAACACUGACUUGGCAAGAAUCUAGCUUGCUUCCUAAAUACAAAUGAAAUCAGUUGCAAAAGGUAACGACUUGUAAUAAAAUGUUGAGAAAUAUACGUAGAGUGUGUGUAUGUGUGCGUGCUUGCAUGCAUUCCAGGAGGGAAAAAAAAAACUGAAUGGCUAAGGAACAGGGGAGAUAAAAUUAAUCAAUUUAGGGCUAGAGAGAUGGCUUAGCGGUUAAGCACUUGCCUGUGAAGCCUAAGGACCCCGGUUCGAGGCUCGGUUCUCCAGGUCCCAUGUUAGCCAGAUGCACAAGGGGGCGCACGCG